UCCAUUACAAAUCCCCAUUUGUCAGUCCCACUCUCACUUUCUUCGCCAUUUUCACUCUGUUUUUUUUUCACUUUCUUCUUCUUCUUCCGCCAUGGACGCCCAUUCCUCUUCCUUUUCAAGCUUUUCUACUUACCUUCGAGCUCUAUCUUUAACCCCUUCUCGUUUUUCUCGCCGGGCUUUCUCUGUUUCCACCUCUUUCGACGAAAUGACCACUACUCGAUCCACUUCCGGCGUCAGCAUGCAGAGGACUCUUCGCUGGUUCGACCUCGUCGGUUUUGGCCUCGGUGGGAUGAUCGGUGCCGGCGUAUUCGUUACCACUGGCCCGGCCACACAGCAAGCUGGACCCGCCAUUGUUCUCUCUUACGCCAUUGCUGGUCUCUGUGCGCUUUUAUCGGCUUUCUGCUACACCGAGUUCGCCGUCGAUAUGCCUGUCGCCGGUGGGGCCUUCAGUUAUCUCCGCGUCACGUUCGGGGAAUUCGCUGCGUUUUUGACUGGUGCGAAUCUGAUAAUGGACUAUGUGAUGUCUAACGCCGCCGUUGCGAGGAGUUUCAGUCAAUACCUAGGCGCCGCAAUCGGUAUCUCCACUGCUAAAUGGAGACUCAUCGUCCCUGGACUCCCUAAAGGAUUUGAUCAAAUCGAUUUGAUCGCCGUCGCCGUUGUUCUAAUUAUCACAGUCAUCAUCUGUUAUAGUACAAAACAGAGCUCGGUAGUGAACAUGACGUUGACGGCAAUACACAUUCUAUUCAUAGCUUUUGUGAUUGUAUUCGGAUUCUGGAAAGGCGAUUGGAAGAACUUCACAGAACCAGGAGAUCGGAAGAACGAAUCCGGAUUCUUCCCUCACGGAGCGACCGGCGUUUUCAAAGGCGCGUCUCUGGUUUACCUCAGCUACAUCGGCUACGACGCUGUAUCGACGAUGGCGGAGGAGGUUCGGUAUCCGGCGAAGGAUAUCCCCGUCGGCGUCUCUGGCUCCGUCGUGCUCGUCACCGUCCUCUACUGCUUAAUGGCGGCUUCAAUGACCAAGCUCCUUCCCUACGAUAUGAUCAAGGCGGAGGCGCCGUUCGCAGCGGCGUUUGCUAGGUGGAAAUGGGUGUCGAACGUGAUUGGCGGCGGCGCAAGCUUCGGAAUAUUGACGUCACUUUUGGUGGCGAUGAUGGGACAGGCUCGGUACAUGUGCGUCAUCGGACGGUCCAGAGUGGUCCCCGCUUGGUUCGCCGAAGUCCAUCCCAAAACCUCCACUCCUCUCAACGCCUCCGCCUUUCUUGGGGUUUUCACGGCUGCGAUUGCUCUUUUCGCUGACCUUGAUGUUCUACUCAACUUUGUAUGCAUUGGUACACUCUUUGUCUUCUACAUGGUUGCCAAUGCUGUCAUUUAUCAACGUUACGUCGAGAUAGGGAGCACGAAUCCUCGUCCAACGUUAUCCUUCCUCUGCUUAUUCUCCCUCACUGCCAUCAUAUUCACUCUCAUGUGGCAUUUUGUAACUCCAGGGAAGGCCAAAAUCGCCUUACUUAGCGGCACUGCCGUCAUCGCCAUUGUUAUCUCACUAAUUUUCCAUUGUGUGAUACCUCAAGUACGGAAACCCGAGUCCUGGGGUGUCCCCUUGAUGCCAUGGAUACCCUGUGCAUCAAUCUUCCUAAACAUAUUCUUGUUGGGGUCCCUCGAUGGCACAUCCUAUAUACGAUUUGUGUUCUUUUCGAUCCUCAUGGUGCUCAUAUACGUGCUAUACAGCAUCCAUUCGAGUUCCGAUGCCGAAGGAACCGACUCCCUAUGUGUAAAGAACAGGGAGAUUCCAGAAUUAGACAACAGCUUCAAAGUAUAGAAAAUGUCGAAGUAACCAUAUGUAGACACAGUUUCUUUUCUCUUCACACAAAUUAAAACCUUGUAUGAAAAAGGGUGAAAAGGAAAGAAACAGUAAGUUUUCAAAAAGUGGAAACUAAAGUUGUAAAUAUGGUUGGUAAGCUGAAAUGGUUUAUUGGAUUGUGGAGUCCCAUUUGAUGAUAUUUUUUA